GUAAUGCUUCAGUGCUGAACAGCUUAGUGUUCACUUUGUUCCUCAAUUGUUUCUCAAUUAGGAAUUUCUUACAACUUUUGAACAAACAUCAUUCAGAUUUAAAUGUUCUUGGACAAGGUUUCGCAAAUUAUGCAAUAUGUAAUUAAUUUAGAUAGGCUUACAGCAAUUAUAACAAUAUGAUGUCUCUUGAUGUGAGCUUGCUAUACGGCUUUUGACUCAGGAAUUGGAAUUUGCUGGUGCAAUUAAAUUACUUUUUGUUCAUAGUCGCAACAGCAACAUUGUACCUGUUCUUUGAACAGCUCUUUUAUCUGUGAUGGCAGUUGAAAAGUAGGUCCCUAAUUUUUGUGUUAGAAAGUCAGCUGCAGAAAUUACUUGGAUUAGUUUGAAAUUGCCUCCGUUUGUUCAGUAUGAGUGAAGAAUUUCAGGCUGGGGCUAAAGUAUGUUCAGCAGACUGGUAACUUUGCCGCUCUUGUUUUAAUCUUUGUAACUCAAAGGAGGAUGGGCUUGUAGCUGGGCUUGCAUCAGUGGGACAGCACUCUAGAGUUGAUGAAGGCUGGGAGGCCUUCCAUACACCUAGGGUAAAAUCAGUGUGCUCGGCUUGUUCUCUGAGAUGCCUGUACACCAAUGCACAUAGCAUGGAAAAUAAGCAGGAGGAGUUAGAAACCUGUGUUUGGGCAGGAGAUUAUGACCUGGUGGCAAUUAUGGAGACAUGGUGGGACAGCACACACAACUGGAAUGUGGUCAUGGGUGGCUAUGUCCUUUUCAGGAAAGACAGGCCAGCCCAGGCGUGGUGAUGGAGUUGCUUUUUACGUGAGAGAGCGAGUACAGUGUAUUGAGUAUUCUCCAGGCACGGAUGAGGGGCAAGUUGAGAGUCUAUGGGUGAGAAUUAAGGGGCAGGCUGGCAGGGGAGAUACUGUUGUGGAUGUCUAUUAUAGGCUACCAGAUCAGGGUGAAGAAGUUGAUGAGGCCUUCUACAGACAGCUGAGAGCAGCCUCGCAGUCACAGGCUCUGGUUGUUAUGGGGGAUUUUAACUUCCCUGAUGUUUGCUGGAAGGACUACUUGGCCAGCCAGCCACAGUUUAGGAGGUUCCUCCAGUGCCUUGAUAAUAACUUUCUGAUACAGAGGGUGGAGGAGCCGACUAGAAGAGGUGCACUGCUGGACCUCAUCCUCACUAACAAGGAGGGUCUGGUUGAAGCUGUGAAGGUUGAGGGCUGCCUUGGUUGCAGCAAUCAUGAGAUGGUGGAGCUCAGGAUCUCGUGUGACAGGAACAGAAUAGCAAGCAGAAUUGCAACCAUGGACGUCAGCAGGGCAAACUUUGGCCUUUUCAAGCAAUUGCUAGGGGAAAUCCCAUGGGCAAGGCUGCUUGAAGGUAAAGGGGCCCAAGAUAGUUAGUGUUCAGGGACUGUUUCUGCCGGGCACAAGAUCAGAGCAUCCCGACAUGUAGGAAGUCAAGGAAGGGAGCCAGAAGACCUGCGUUGUUAAACAGGGAGCUCCUGCUUAAGCUUAAGUGGAAGAGGAGAGUUUAUAGAUCAUGGAAGGCGGGGCUGGCCACUUGGGAAGAAUAUAAGGCUGUUGUCAGAGGGUGUAGGGAGGCAACUAGGAAAGCUAAGGCCUCCUUAGAAUUAAACCUGGCAAGAGGGGUCAAGGACAACAGAAAGAGCUUUUUCCAAUAUGUGGCAGGUAAAAAUAACAGCAGAGGCAAUGUAGGCCCACUGAUGAACGAGAUGGGUGCCCUGGUGACAGAAGAUACAGAGAAGGGAGAGUUACUGAAUGCCUUCUUUGUCUCUGUGUACUCUGCCGGAGGCUGUCCUGAGGAGCCCUGUACUCCUGAGACACCAGAGGAAGGCAGGAAAAUGGAGGAGUUUGCCUCGGUUGAUGAGGACUGGGUUAGGGAGCAGUUAGGCAACCUGGACAUCCAUAAAUCCAUUGGUCCAGAUGGGAUGCACCCAUGGGUGCUGAGGGAGCUGGCUGAGGUCAUUGCUGGACCACUCUUUGUAUAUUUUUACUUAAGUAUAGCACAAACUAUAGUCCUUUUUCAUGCUAUUAAAAUAAAUUUAUUUUCCCUUUACAUGGUUAGUUGGUUUGAGAAGGUGAAAGGAAUUUUGGUCCUUGGAGGAAGUGGAAAGAAUGAAAUGCUUACAAGUCUGGCUGAAGAUUUCUUCAACAUGUUGCUGGCUGUAUGUGAUAGCAGACCAGAAGGUAAAAUGCAAAUACUAGAAAACUUUGUUCUGAGAACAUGUACCCUUAUCGCUGAUGUGAGAAUUAGUAUUUAUGUUCAGCAGGAGGUAGUAAGAAAACUUAAUUUAAUGCUUGAAAACACACCUCGAGAUGCCAGGAAAAAGCUAUUUUCUACGAAGGAAAUGUCUCUUGUCAUGAGUGACAUGGGGAGGAGAAUUUUGGAUGCUGGAGACUAUGACCUGCAAGUAGCCAUUACGGAAGCUUUAUGCAGAAUGAUAUCAGAGAAACAGAGACGAGAACUGGCAUGCCAGUGGUUUUCCAUGGAGUUUGUGUCCAAUGCAUUUAAGGAAAUUAAAGACUCUGAGUUUGAAACAGAUUGCAGAAAAUUUCUUAACCAGGUGAAUGGAAUGCUUGGAUACAAAAGAAGGGUUUUUACAUAUCCGUGUUUAUCAGCAGCUCUUGAUAGAUAUGAGCUACAGAUACCAUUGGAUGAAAAUCUUGAAGAAUUUUGGAUUGAUUUCAAUGUUGGUAGCAGAAGCAUAUCUUUCUAUGUGGCAGCAGAGGAUGCAGAUCAUCAGUGGGAAACAGUCAUUAUACCAGAAGAAGAGGUAGAGUUGUACAGCCUUGAAGAAAAAGAUUCGAAGAAAUUAUUAACAAUAGAUCUAAAAAGCCCAAUGAAUGUGGGUACUCAAGAAGGAGAGAAAAUUUUUUUAUAUUUUGAUUCUAUCUUGGAAAUCAAAGAUGUAACGGGAAAGAUUUAUGGAUUAAGUAAAUGUAAGGUUCUAGUACCAGAAAGCCAGUUGUCACCAUGUUUGGAAGAAAAAUCUGAAGAGGAGAAACUCCCCAAGUACAAAACCCAACAACUUCCUGGAACUUUGAGGACUCCGAAUAAAAAUAACAAUCAAGAAAAAAGCAGAGAUGGCUCCUCCAAGAAAACUAGAUCUUGUAAAAGGAAAGUGUCUGAAGCAUCCGUACUUAUUCCUGGAACCACAAGAUUUUCCACAAGGAGUCCACUUGAAUUUAUUAGCACAUCCACUCCGUUUAAAGGGCGAUUUAAAUUACCAUUGGAAAUGAUGAGCUCUGCUGAAAGGUCUAACAAUAAUGCAGUAAAUGAGACCAGAACAAAGAAUUUCUAUCAAGAACCUACUGGAAGUGGCCAAAGAUGUAAACAAGGCAAUGAACUCUGUGAAACAGAGCAGAAGAUCAGGAAGUCAAAUAAUAGAAAAGAGACAAAACUACCUGAAAAGCAAAUGUAUGCUGAAGAAGUUUUCAAAAUGGUGCAAGAGACAGAAAUUGAGACCAUACAAAAGCAAACUUCAGAUGAAAUGCUAGAUAUUGUUCCUGAUUCUCAACCAGUAGAGAGAAACAACAGACCUUUGCUGUCUGAUCUUCUGGAGAGCUCUUUUGAUAAAACCAAAACAUGCAAAAAAAGAGCAUGCUCUGUUCCUCAGAAGAAUAUAACAACUGGUGACAAGCAAAAGCUAAAGCCAUCAUUGGCAUCUAGAGUGUCUGAAACAUCUUUGCAUCCUGGUUUUGCAAAAGAGGAAACUGAUAUUCUCUUGAGAAAAGAGACCACAAAUCCAAACCAAUUAAAGGCGAAAACAAAGUUCAAAGAAAUUACAGAUGCAACAAAAUCACUAAUAAAUAAAAUCAGUGACAGAUACAAAAUAAACACUGAUGAGAAAAGCAAAGCCAGAGAUUCCUUGGGUUUUAACAGGUCACAUUUAAAUAAAUCCUUUGUCUCUAAGGAAGAAACCAAGGAUAGAAACACAAAAACCACUACUUGUCUCAAUAUAACUGCUGGUAAUACUGUGGAUGAUGUCUACAACUUUAACAUCAGUGGGUUUGAUGAGCCUACAAUAAAGCUUGGAAUCCAAGAAUCGUAUGAUACUGAACUGAGUGUUCGUACAAAUCUGAACAAAAAAGGGAAUGCGGAUGAGAGUAAAACUAGCACAGAAGUGAAAGGAAAAAAAAAAACUAGAAACAAUCAAAACAAGAAGCAUCUCUUUAGUGACACAGACACAGAAUACAGAGGUGAUGACAGCAAGACAGAUGUUAGUUGGCUACAUGAAUCAAAUCGAAAACCUAAAGCCCAGUUAAUUGAUUACAGCAGAAAUAAAAACUUAGGGAAACCAAUAAGCACAGACAAAACAGCAGAUAAAUUUUCUGCACCUGCUUGCCACGUGGAUAAACCUAAAGGCAAAAGUGCAAAUAAGAAAAAGGUAAACAAAAGUAAAAAACAGAAUACAACAACUGAUGAAACAAUAGAACAAACCACCAGACAAAAACGACCUCGAAGAGCAGCAUUAGCAAAAAAUUACAAAGAGCCUUCCACUUCAGAGUCAGAGAGUGAAAGGCAAUCUUCAGCAUGCGCCUCUAAAGAGGAGAAAUCAAAACGACAGGUAUACAGUUGCACCUCAAAAGAGGACAAAUCAAAAAUGCAGAAACAUAUGAAUGAGAAAAACAAGGAUGAUUAUCAGCAAAAAGAACUCCAGAAUAUUGUAUCUGUGGAGCCCAGGGGAGUGGCUGAGUAUGUACAUAAAGCAAAAUCAGAGAAUUCUGCAGAACAAAUGGAUAUUGAAAUUCCUUCAUCUGAGAGCCCUGCAUCUCUUGAGGCAAUGAGAUGUGACGAAAGAAUAUCAGAAGGAGAUGUUACUCAAGAACAUGCUUACAGUGAAAGAUCAUUUAAUCUUCAGGAGUCAACACCAGAAAAAGAGGAAACGUUAAACUUUGAGGAAGAAAUAUCUCCCGAUAAUUUCCAUCCACAAAAAAAGAAUAUUCCAAGUAUACGCCUAAAUCAGUCCUCUGAGAUGACUGUUAAAAAACUAACAUUUGGGAAUAAAAGUUUCUCACCGGUUUUAACCGAAGCAUCUUUGCUCAGCUUAACGACAUGCAAAACUGUCAGUGGAAAACAUGCAAAGGGAUCUGUAUCUGAAACACGUGAUAAUAAUGAAGAUUCAAGUUUCAGACAUUGCUUUUCAGACACAUUUUCUAUUAAAGGAAAACUGCAACAUAUCACUGAGCCUAUCACCCGAAGUAAAGAAGAGGAUUGUGUUCCACCAUCUCCAUCGUCUGUUUCCAGUGGAAGCAAAGCAAAGUCUUGGAGUGAAGAACCUCGUGGCCCCAUACAUGAGUCAGGACCAACUUUAGAGACAUUUUGUAAACGAAGGUACCAGAGUGAUACAGAAAGCAAUUCUGAUGAAGCAGAAACAAGGAAAGAGGAGAAAAAGAAAAGAAACAGAAGAAUGACUUUACAGCCUAGAAAAUUGUUUAAAACGGGAGAUGCUGUCACUUACAGAGUGUCUGAAAGCAUAUCUACUGUAUCUGUAAAUGAUAUCUCUGUUUUGGAUGGGGAAAUCUGGGAACCUGGUUGUUCAACUAUAAGUGUAUGUGAGAAGCUCCAGAAAGAAUUUACAAAGAGAAUCGAGGCAAGUCAUUUCACAUACAAUAUUAGUUGUGCGUGUGGGUACCUGUGCAGAUGAAUGAUAGAUUGUCUUACACCACAGAAUUUGCUUACAAGGAUACAAAAAUAGCUAUAUCCGUAGAACUUCAAGAAACCACAGAAUUCAGGUUUCCUUUUAUGCCUUUUUCAAUUCCUUUAUGUUACUAACUCUCCCAUGAUUUUCU